AUGCAGCCGGAGUCUCUGCUCUGGGGCCUCGUCUUCGCGACCUGUGUAAUCGUUCGCUCGUGCCUCGGCUGCGAGGGAUUGCUCGUGAACGUCACGCAGAACUACGACGGCAGCAUCAGCGCCCUGGUCCAGUCGGAGAGCGAGCAGCUGCUGGAGGAGCUCGAUGAGGAGCACUCGAAUCUAAUAUCCGGAGGAAGAUACGCCAGUCCCGGUCAGUUUCCAUUUAUGGCCAUUGUCCAUCGGCUGGUGGGCCGGGGCCGUUACUACGUGUGCGGCGGCUCGGUGCUGUCGCGGCGCUGGGUACUGACGGCGGCCCACUGCAUCGUCAAGUAUCCGCGGCGAUUUUUCGUCGUCUUCGGACUGGUCGAUAAAUCAGGACUGGGGUACGAUCGGCUAGAGGAUUCGGGCUACGGCGAGGCCAUGAUCUCGACCCAGGGCGCCGUCCACCCGGGCUUCGGCCGUCUGCGCAACGACAUCGGCCUGCUCUACAUGCCGCGCAACAUACCCUUCGGCGAGACGAUCCGGCCGAUCAGGCUGGCGGGCCGCAGCUAUCAGAGCCUGUCGUUCGCCCACCUCGAGGGCCACAUCUACGGCUGGGGACGCGACGGCAAUCGAGGCGGUGCUUUGAAACACCUCAAGUACGGCCGCGUGCCCAUCAUCUCGAACGCCGAGUGCCGCUCCAAUUGGCGGGUCGACGAUUCGCACGUCUGCGUCGUCACGGCCGACAGCUCCGACCAGGUCUGCCAGGGCGACAGCGGCGGGCCGUUGGUCGUCUACAGCAGUCUGGGCGAGCCCAUGCAGAUCGGCAUAGUGAGCUACGGCGAUCGCUACUGUCCCAGCAGAAGACCGUCCGUCUUCACCCGCACCACGGCCUACCUGAGAUGGAUCACUCGAGUCACCGGCAUCAAUUACUCUUGA